CCAUGAUGUGCUUCACCAUCUACUACUGCCACUUCAUUAUCUUCAGGUCAUCCUAUCCUGUGUUGUUAACUUCGAGAUCAACAGAUCUGCUCUCUUUCCUGUCACCUCGUAAGCGUGCACGUCUUAGGGACGCUGUGAAUAGCACUGUAUAAAGCCACGGUUUGCUACCUAGGUAUUCAUUGCUGGACUCGGAGUGCAGUAGGGCCAGUGGUGGGAUUCUGGAGCUGUUACCCCGGCUACAGGCGCACAGAGGCACCGAGUCGCAGUGCCAGUCACCUGCCAGGUGCCUCCCAGUGUGGCUUGACCAUCUCAUUCUCCCUCUGCCAAAGCCACUCUGCAAAAUCCACCGAGCUUUUCACUUUGGCCAUCGACGCCCAGUGCACCCCACAGCCCUUCUAUACCAAAGCGGUCUUACUCACCAUCAUCCACAUCUUUCAGCAGUAUACGCAAUAUUAUAGUAUUGAGCAUCACUUCGGCCUUACACAUCGAUCCGUGAAUUCGCAUCACUGCACACCGCUGGACGGAGUCUGCGCAUCUUUAUCCUGACCGGAUCACUGCAGACAAGUCCCAAGUUCCAAGGCAAUCGAGCGCUGAAAAUGGAGGAAGCAUAGUAUGAAUACUUGUUUGACGAGCAAGGAUUGCCUCAAAUGGACCAUCCAGAAGACUUUGCUCCCGAGGCAUUCUUCGAUCAGAAUCCCCUACAGCAGAUCCAGCAUAUUGACCCUGCAACUGAUCUCGGAUCCGUCCCAAAUGUCUCUCUACCACCAAAUCUUGCUGUGAUCGAGCAGUUACAUCGUCGGUGGUAUUCCGGCUGUUUGGAGAGAGUAGCCUGGUCACGGCUUGGGCACCUGGCCAGCAUAUCCGAGGAUGGCUGCACAGUAUAUCUGGAAUGUCUACUUUACGAGCACGAUGCGAAGACAUGGCGGCUGAACGAGAGACAUGCACUGACCACCAUUUUCGAGGAUGCUGUGAGUCUAGCUUGGAGCUCGACUGGAGCAGAGUUAGCUGUGGUGGACAUCAAAGGACGGGUCUGGGUUUAUACUGCCUCCCAUGUUGCCAUCAAUCGGUUGGUUUUGGGUCGAAGAGGAGACCUAGAUGAGCCUGGUGAAUCUUCUCAACCCAUCGGGAUGACAUGGCUGAAUCAGGAUCGGCAAGAUAGGCCCAAGAAUGUCGUGGUGCUGGCCGCGAAGAAUGACAGUCGCUGGGUCCAUACCAAUGCUCGCGCAAAACCCCUCGGACCCUACUGGCCUCGAGCUGUUGUGGUUGUUCAUCGCAGUGGCUUACUGACCUUGUGCUUCCAGAGAGCAGAUGGACAAUAUUCAAGGAUCAACACUCAUCUGUCGCCACAUGACAACACGCUUUACACUCAUGCCAGCUUUGCGCCCACUGUGGAAGGGAAGCUGCUGAUUGCUUUGCAUUCAUUCAAGCACCAGAUCUCGGUGCGCUUCCUAUCCAUUGACUGGACAGGAGUCAGACAAUCUCCAGGGACACUACCCGUCCUUACUGUUGAUUUCGUCUCUGCGAAGGUGGCAUCACAGCCUACUGGCUCCGCCACCCUAGGUGAUGUGUAUGACCCUGAUUCAUGGCGUCUCACCCACGUGGAAGUGGUGCCGACAUCAGACGUGGAGAAGGCGGUUCAGACACCACCAACAAUCCUGGCAGUUGCUUCGGGUAUUAAUCGCGGAGUCAAUAUCACAGAUCAUGGCUAUUUGGUCUCCAGCAUGAUAAAACGAUGGACCGUGACUCUGGUGGAACAAAAGCUACAUCCACUAUUCGAUCAACUGCCAUCCAAGGGAACUAAUAAGACAACAUCGCCUCCAGUGUACACUUUCCAGCGUCAGCCGGACAAAGAGGAGCAGAUUGUCACCAGAGUCCACCCUAUGGAAGGACAUGCAGCUCUCGUGGUGACGACCCAGGAAGGUCGCACUGACUUUUUGAACCCCGAAGACUUGUCUCCAGUCUCUUACGCCGCGUCGGUCACAGAAACUUCGUCUCUGGCACAAGCAGGGUUCAUCUUUCCAUUCGUCCCGAAUGCGCCGUUCCCAGCGUUUUCGCCCAGUGCCUGCAUCAGGGCUGACAUCACUCCUGAGGGCAAAACCCAGAUUGUGACGAUGGAGCAUACACUGGACCAUGGCCAGGAGGCGCAACAGCCACUCGACCCCAACAUCGACGUGGCAAUCGCCGCUCUGAAUCUUUCAUUCGCCCGAGCAUGCUGGACCAAUGCGACGAUAGAUGAUAUACUGAUGUGUGCUUUGCACAAUAUUCCAGCUUCAUUCCGUCCCGUCAUCGUUUCGAGUAUGUACCGAGCUCUCUUCCGCGAUAAUGAAUUUGUGAGCGAGCGGACCCAGGGGUCGGAGCUGGAACGAGUGUUCCACAAGCAAGUCAUGGGCAGAGUCAUGGCUUACCAUGCUGGCCUUACCGCUUACUGCCCCCAAUUACCAACCAUUGCACCCACCGAGGGAAGGACCGGUUGGUCGCUGAGUGCUCAGUGGGCUUGGAUGGCCAACAAUAUCCGCCACACCGCUACGCUAUUAUUCAUGAACCUGAGAGACGUACAGAAUCUGAAUCUGGUCAUGACGCAGGACUUCACCGACAUGCUUUGCUCCAAUCUCCGUUGGGGAUUGUCGGUUGUUCGGUUUAUCAUCAGCACGAUUCUGGAGGUGGGCGACCGAGAGACCAAUCCUGAUAUGUUCGACAGCAAGGACAUAGGAAGAGUUGGAGACACCAAGGGAGAUGGUAGCCAGGGCUUGGUAGCCCUUCUGCUGAACAUCCACUGUUCGCGCCAAUUCCUGGUUGCGUUUGUGAGGGCCGUCAGAGCGUACGCUAAGAGCACGGAGCCAAAGUCGCAACAUCACGUCCAAGUGUUGCAGUGCAUUCAACAGCAAACCGUCAACAAAGGGAUCACCUUCCCUGCCGUUGAGGCGCUUCUUGAGGCUCGAUGGCCCUCGCCUGGUGACAUUGAAGGGGAUAUCCCGGGCACGGCAGUCAGACAGCUUGACAUGAUGGCUACUGGCACCGUCCACCCGGCCUACGAGGGGACAAUCAAGCUGAUCCUGAACAAGUUGUUGAACAGCCCGGCCGGGCUCAGGGCGAAAAACCUCAUUGACCGGCUGAAACUCUACACAGACCACGUCGAUCUCGACUACGUGUUUCUAAAUCGCCAUGUACUUGGUCACCUGGAAGAUCAGUCAAAAGAGACACCAGUCAUUUAUGACGUACAUCGGAAGAGGCCUAUAUUGAAAGGCGGCCCUGACCCGAGUGGGACCGGUGUGUUGAUGGUUCGGAGAUGUGUUCGGUGUGGCAGUUUCAGUGAGGAUAUCAAUGUCGCACUGAAAGAGUGGCCUAAACAAGUGGGCGGACUCCUGGCGAGAUGUGUUUGUGAUGGCCAAUGGGUUCUUGAGGCCUGGAAAGGCGACGGCGAAUGAAUGAAUGAUGAUAGUUGUCGCAAGCGCACAGCGACUUACGAACUCGACUCACAAAGUCUUUCAACAAGUUUGGUUAGGACUCCAAUGCGGAUGGCUCUUGACGAAGUAUCGAAACAAUAAUUCCAGACAUGAAUCAACGUUGUUCUUUGAAG